GUUUGUCCCAUUUGCUCUGUUAAAGUUGCAAGUGACAUGUUAAGUCAUAUCACGAUUCAACAUGGACACCUAUUCAAGUUGCAGAGACGUCGCAGAUUACGUAGAGUUGCAAUUCCCAACAGUCAGGCACUUUCCCUUUUGGGCAGGGAUCUUCGCGAGGCCCAUCUGCAGGUGCUUCUAGGGGGUAGUGGCUACCGGUCAAAUAGUGCUACUUCAUCUAAUGCAGUGUCUGAUCCAUUCCUUUCAUCACUUGCUCUGAACUUCCCUGCAUCUGAAGCAGAAGACAUUUCAAAAUCUGUGGUAUCCAGUAUUGAGGACACUUCUAUGAAGAGUACACCGUCACAACAUAUAUGGAAAUCAAGUUUUGAUCAAUCAUUGAGUCAUGAAGAACGGGAAAAGAGAAUUAGGCAGGCUGCUGGAAGGUCUGUUUUUAUCCAAGACCUGCUUCUCUCGACUGUGUUGGCCGACUAG